GCAGCACUAUCAAAUCUAACAUGCGUUGAGUUGAGUUGAUUUGGGACCACUGUUCUACAAGGAAGCUUGUUUCACUUCACCUCCCUUUGGAUUUUUUGUCACUUUAUUUAUUCUCUGCUGGAUACAGAGAACCUGGAUUUUUAUGUACCAGUGUCAACAAGUCCAAACUUGGAGAAAACUUGACAAAGCUGAGACAUGCUGGAAGGUUUUCUGUAAGGAGCGAAUCUUUAGGAGUUCCUUCUGUUUUUGUAUUGCAGCUUUACUUUUUCCUUGGAGCCUGUGCCCUCUUCACCAGGCUUCCGUCCCAGGAUUGGUCAGAGAGCAGCCAUCAGCAGCAGUGACAGUGGGGUUGUCCAGGGUCAUCUGAGGUCAGAGGUCCGGGGUCAGAGGCUGGAUGUAUAAGACGGCUUCAUGGGCCUGAAGGACCAUCUGGAGGAUGGAACAGGCCACAACCUCAAUCUGGGGCUGGAUUUGGACUACCUCCAUGUGGAAGGCACCGACCGCCAGGCCAGCUUGAAUGCCACAGCCGGCACUCACUCAGGAGUUUUGGAGGGGGAAGAGGCACCGGUGGGAGGCACCCAUAGCAGUGUCAGUAGUAGCAGCAUCAGCAGUAGUAGUAGUAGUAACUCCUCUGAAGAAAGUGCUGCGUCGGACAGCGAAGAUGAGCGGGGGAUCCACCAUGGCACUGGUUCUGGCGCUGAGACCCCCCAUCCGCACCCCUGUCACCCUGCUGGACUGGGCCUGCCACAAAGCCCCCCCCCUAGGGACCCCAAACUCCCCACCGACCUCCUCACAGAGUAUCGCUCCAAGAUGGAAUUUGCCCUGAAGCUGGGCUACUCUGAGGAGCUGGUUUUGCUGGUGCUGAGGAAGCUAGGGCCUGACGCCCUCAUCAACGACAUACUGGGAGAACUGGUCAAACUAGGCACCAGGACAGAGACGGAGGAGGCAGGGGAGUCUGCCGCCUCCCAGUCGUCCUACUCCUCCUUAUCCUCCCCCUCUCUGGACUCCUCCAGACUGGACUGCUCCUCCCAGCUUCUGUUGGAUGACAAGGAGAACAUCAGGCCUGUGGUGGUGGAUGGGAGUAACGUAGCCAUGAGUCAUGGGAAUAAGGAAGUGUUCUCCUGUCAUGGCAUCCAGCUGGCUGUUGAUUGGUUCUUGGAGCGUGGUCACCGUGACAUCACUGUGUUUGUGCCCGCCUGGAGAAAGGAACAGUCCAGACCGGAUGCCCUCAUCACAGACCAGGAGAUAUUGCGGCGUCUGGAGAAAGACAAGAUCCUGGUGUUCACUCCGUCUCGUCGGGUCCAGGGCCGCCGGGUGGUCUGCUACGAUGACCGCUUCAUCGUCAAGCUGGCCUACGAGUCCGACGGCAUCAUCGUCUCUAACGACAACUACCGGGACCUGGCCAAUGAGAAGACAGAGUGGAAGAAGUUCAUUGACGAGCGGCUGCUCAUGUACUCAUUCGUCAAUGACAAGUUCAUGCCUCCUGAUGAUCCUCUGGGUCGCCAUGGUCCCAGUUUGGAGAACUUCCUGAGGAAGAGACCAGUGAUCCCAGAACACAGGAAGCAGCCCUGCCCCUAUGGGAAGAAGUGCACUUACGGCCACAAGUGUAAAUUCUACCACCCUGAGAGAGGCAGUCAGCCCCAGCGCUCUGUGGCCGACGAGCUGCGUGCCAGUGCCAAGAACUCCUCUUCCUCCUCCACUUCUUCCUCCAAGAGCCUGGGCUCUGCUCCGCUGGUGAAGAGCCACAGCAUGUCCAGCAGCUCCAGUGCAGACGGGCUCCCAGAACCCCACCGAGCCGCCCCAAAGAGGCGGUCGGACCCCGGCCUGUGCACCCCCCCCUACAACGACCUCCUGGAGGAGCGGCUGGGCGGGAGGAUCAAAUCAGAGGCCCGCAGAGGUAGUAGCAGCAGCAGUAGCAGCAGCUGUAGCAACAGCCUCCUGGUUCCUGCCUCUGGGGGUCCUCCUUCCAGCCAAGGCUUCUCUCUGCAGGAUUGGAGGGACCACAACGCAGGGAGGAACGGCUCCUGCAGAGCUCCAGGGCUGUUGGAGCUUGGUCACUCUGAGUCAUAUCCCACCUGUGAGUCCCCAAAGCUGGGCUACAACUCCCUAAUGAGGGCGUACUCCAGCCUAAACCUGGUGGUGCCACUGAUACCCGAGCGGCUGUUCCCAACUGACCUACGGACAGGCUUGCUGGCAUCUGACUGCAGCAGCGAGGGCAGCAUGAGCUCUGACUCCUUCUCCCCUGAUCCCCUAUUGGAGGAUGGCCUCAAAUGCCACCACCCCCAUCACCACCACUGCUCCAGCCGCUACCCACACCACACCAACCACCUGCCCGCUGGUCUGACCCUGCACCCACAUGGAGGCUCCCACCAUAGCUACCCCCUAUCUCAGAGCAUGGGGAGGCCACAGGUUUUCAGCUUGGAGGAUCAUCCCUCCUCCCUUCACCACUACCUUCCUCCCCAUCUUCAGCACCCAUCUGUGGGGAGCAGCUCUGGCUGUUCGGAGGACUACCCUCCCCAACCUCCACCCCAGACCUCCAGCCCCCACUGCCACUCUCACAGCUCAACUCAGGGGCAUAACCUGGGGGGCUCCACCUGGCAGGACAACAACAGCCUCCAGAACUCCCGGCUUUACGAGCACUCCCCUGUCCGCCCACGGAGGACCUACCCUGGGAUGGGACAGGAGCAGCGGCUGGCCAGCUGGGACUCCCAUUACCAGCAGCUCCUCCAGCCCUGCUACGAGGCCUUCAACUUCCAGUCCCAGCCUGAGGGCCACGAACAACCCUGGCACUCUUCCUGGCCCAGGGGGACACACUCGCCCCAUCCUCAACCCCCUUCCUCCUCCCAUCCUCCACCCCACCCCUCCAUGGACCCCCUGCACCAGGGGGGAAGAUGCCAGGAUGUGAGGGAUAAAGUGUUUGUCAAUCUAUGUAACAUCUUUCCUCCAGAGCUGGUGAAGGUAGUGAUGGAGAGGAACCCCAACGUGAUGGACGCCCAGCAGCUGGCUGCAGCCAUCCUGGCUGAGAAGUCCCAGGCUCGCUACUGAGUACUGACACUACUGUAGUAGAGGAAAGAGGUGACGUGCCCAAGUCUAUAGUCCUCCCAAAACAUCUACGAUACAGGGGGAGAUGUUUUUUAAUUCGAUUUUUUAAGGAGAAUCCGAGCUACCUUAUUGUUGUCCGUUACUGUUGUGCGGUAUGAGACCACCUCAAGCACUUAAGGUCAGGAUUGUUUAUGGUGUGUGGGUAGGAGUGAACAUGUGUGUCAACAUUAUUUCAGGAGACUCUUUGAAUGGGAUGUGUUGCUUAAAUGUAUGUAUUUUGUAUGUUUUAAAUUAUUUUUAUUGUCUUUAUAUUUUGUUAUGGCACUUUUCGUUGCUUUUUUUAAUCAACAUUUUGCCAAUCAUAUCAUAAAAUCCUGAGGUGUUAACACGGGGUGAAUUCUGGGAUUCCAAAUCGAAGGUAUUGUUUGUUGUCAUAAACAUAUUACUUCCAAACAUUUCAAACUAAAAGACAAAGCAAAUUCAUAAAUCUAACCUACACUGAUUUAGUUGUAUCCCUGUAAUUAGUUCAUUAACGAUUCAUAAAAGCAGGUGGUGAAUUAAAUAACGUGUUGAAAUAAUUUGAUGAACUUCCCCUUUAGAGAAGUGAAGAACUCCAGCUGUUAAAGGCCUGGUAAAGUCCAUGUGAAAACCCCAGAGCAUUGUUUACUCUCACAGUUCCUCUCUGGGGAAAGCUCUGAAGCUUACUUCACAGCUUGAGAGAUUGCGAUAUUGAUUUUCGCUUUCUUUUUUGAACCACUUUUUUGUCCUCCAACAACCAUUCUGGCCAUUGAAAUCAGAUGGUUCUUAAGGAUAUGCAAACUAAUGCAGGUGCAGGUGUUAAUCUUAACGUUUUUAUUUAAAUGUAUGAAUGUGUUAAUUUAUUAUUGUCCCUUUGUCCUUUUUGUUGUGUGAGAUUAUUUUAGUUGAAGGGGGUUUCUGUUGCUAGGGUUUCAUAACAAGAGAAGACAUCAGGUGUAACCAUCCAGACAGACAGACAGAUGGUGCUGUACUGUAACUGUCUAUGUACUUAACUCUGUGGACAAGGUAAUUCUCUACCUCCUGGCUUAGAAUCCAUUGUAAGUUGCCACAAUCGCUCAGUGAAUAGGAAUAGUUAGGCAAUGACACCGUGUUGGGAAAUGCCUUGCUCACACACAGCAGGGACUACAUCUACCUGUUACAGUCCAAAACACUGGACUUGUGUUGCCAAGGUAACCUGACCACAACAAACUUUAGUGGCCAAGAGAAUCCCUCUCCUCGUUGAUACAAAUUGUAUCCUAUUAACUUAAACCAGAUCAUUGUUUUAUAUGAGAAUAUGUAUACAAAAAGUAUUUUGAGAUUCAUGUGCCGUAAUUGGUCACAUUUGUUAAUGUUCUAAAAUAUAUUUUGGGAAAUGUUGUAUUGUGUUUUUAAGAAUUAUUUGGGAAAGAAAAGGCAUCAAAUGCAAUUUCUUCCAACUACUGUACUGUGAUUGGUGAUCAACAGACACAUAGGACAGAAAAUAUUGGUUGUUUUAUUAUCAUUCGUCUGAAAGUGUGUUUUCUUGUUGGCUGGUCACAAUCUAACUCAGGUCACAGUCAUGUGAGUGUGACUGUGGGGGUCAGCUUUAUGGGGAAGCAGAGAAUGUUUUCUUCCUCAUCAGCCCCUAUUGAUGGUCAUGAUCUUUCACUUAACAUGUUUUUCUACCGUGGUUCUCAGCUCUCUCAUUAAACUAAGCCUAUCCCUUCAGAGGAUCAGUGGAACACAGCUGACUUGACAAAGACAAUACUUGCUCUCUGGAACCAUUUUCUCAACAUAACAACAGCCAAAAGGUUCAAAUAUGUUUGUUUUAGUUUUUUACAUAUAGGAAACCAUGUCCAUUCACACAGUAGUAUUACAUGGCAAGUCACUGAAUAGCAGUGUUCUUUUCUGGUCCCCUGAGUUGGUUGGCAUAUUAGCUUUGAGCUGAGCGAGCAUGUGACAUUGUGGCCGAAUAAAACCGCUAAAAAAAUAGCCUUCUCAUUAGCUGCAGGGCACUGUGUGCCAGUGUGUGCCAGUGUGUGCCAGUGUGUGUGCCAGUGUGUGCCAGUGUGUGCCACUGUGUGUGCCACUGUGUGCCACUGUGUGCCAGUGUGU